AUGGCUAACACUACAGCGCCCACUUCAUUAAUCAAUGAAGGUGACUUGAAGAUUGCUCGUGUAGAAGCACCGGCCACGGAAGAAAAUGAACGGCGUACACGUAACGGUAAAUUUACUCUCGGACAAUUGCGACAGACUGAUGGUUUGGUACCGCUACAAUCGGGAACAAAUCAAUUCGAUUCACAAAAAGGUAAAACAGGUUUUGGUAUGCCUCGUAAUACUGCUCUUAACGUGCAAUUUGCUGACGACGGCAAAAAAUGGACAAUUGAAAAACUGAGAGCUACCGAUUCAAUCAUUCGAUUACAAUCUGGAACUAACAAAUAUGAUUCACAGAGAGGAAUGACUGGAUUCGGAACACCUCGUGAUGUUCGAGGUAAACAUUUAAAACGAAUAUGGGAAUUAGAGUUCCCAGAACAGACAGUGAAAGAAAUCCUGCAAAUAAAUCAUGUAAAUACAGCACUACAAAAUUCUUCCAAAAAACCGCCAGCUACACCACCGAAACCAAUUCUUCAUUAA